UUCGGCGAUUACACCAGCAGCAAACAUCACCGGAUUAUUUUUUGCUCUUUUGUUAAAUUUUAAUACUUUCGGCGGAAUCUGUGCCCCGUGUGUUCGCCGACCUCCGUGGAUCGUUAGCCCCCGCAGCCGGUCCGACCCGUUGAGUCUAAGAGAUUUCAGUAAGUUACAAGUUUAGGAAGAAAAAUGUCAUCAUCCGCCGCAACAGCUCCGGCGCCGCCGACGACGGACGAAACUCCGGUGGUCACGACGACGGCACCACCUCCCCUGGAGCCCGCGGACAAGGAGCGGGCGGAGGAUUUGAAGAACCAGGCGAACGAGUGCUUCAAGAAUAAGGAUUACGAGAAUGCGGUCCGGUUGUACACGGAUGCGCUCGGCGUGGACGGCAACAGUGCGAUCUACUACGCGAACCGGAGCUUUGCGUACCUGCGGCAGGAGGCGUUUGGGUACGCGUUGAACGAUGCUGUCCAGGCGAUCAAGUGCAAUCCGGCGUACUUGAAGGGUUACUACCGGAGGGCGGGUGCCCACAUGGCGCUGGGGAAGUUUAAGCUGGCUCUGCAGGACCUGGAGUUUGUGGCGAAGCGGUGUCCGAACGAUAAGGAUGCGCAGAUGAAGUACAGCGAGUGCAAGAAGAUCGUCACGAAGAUGGCCUUCGAGCGGGCGAUUGCCGUGGACAAGGUCGAGAAGAGUCUGAUGGAGAUGUGCAGGGACUUGGAAUCGGCGACGAUUGAGGCUGACUACGAGGGACCGAAGCUGGAGGACGGCAAGGUGACGCUGGACUUUAUGAAACAUCUGAUGGAGUGGUACAAGAAUGAGAAGAAGCUUCACAAAAACUUUGCGUACAGGAUUCUGUGCGACGUGGAGGCCCUAUUCAAGAAGCAACCCUCACUGGUGGACAUUACUGUGCCGGCGGAUUGCAAGUUCACCGUGUGCGGUGACAUUCACGGCCAAUUUUACGAUUUGCUCAACAUUUUCGAGAUCAACGGACUGCCCUCGGAGACGAAUCCGUACCUGUUCAACGGAGACUUUGUCGACCGGGGAUCGUUCUCGGUGGAGUGCAUCUUUACGUUGUUUGGCUUCAAGCUGCUUUACCCGAACCACUUUUUCCUGUCGCGCGGAAAUCACGAGUCGGUCAACAUGAACCAGAUGUACGGCUUUACCGGUGAAGUCGUGGCCAAAUACUCCCAAACCAUGUCGGAGAUGUUUACGAUCGUGUACAACUGGCUGCCGCUCUGCCACUGCAUCAACCAGAAGAUUCUCGUCAUGCACGGUGGCCUGUUCUCGAAGGACGGAGUCGCGUUGGACGACCUGCGCACGAUCGACCGCAACCGGCAACCGCCGGAGGAGGGCCUGAUGUGCGAGCUGCUGUGGUCCGACCCGCAGCCCCAGAACGGCCGAUCGCCGUCCAAACGCGGAGUCGGCAUCCAGUUCGGACCGGACGUGACGAAGGCCUUCCUGGAGCACAACAAACUCGACUACGUCAUCCGAAGCCACGAGGUCAAGGACGAAGGCUACGAGGUGGCCCACGACGGCAAGUGCAUUACGGUCUUUUCCGCGCCCAACUAUUGCGACGCCAUGGGCAACUUGGGUGCGUUCAUCAACAUCACCGGCAGCGACCUGACGCCGCAGUACAAGACGUACGCUGCAGUUCCACAUCCCAAAGUCAAACCGAUGGCGUACGCCAGCUCGCUAAGCAUGCUUGCGUAGUACAUUUGCUAGAGAGACAGAGAGCGAGAGAGAGCAGAGCAAAUUGAAUUCAACCAACAACUGCCCCCUACGAGCGAUUACGCGCUUCUCCAAGAAGUGACACUGUUUUUAUCUUUGAUGAAAUUGUACAAUUUUUCGUUUUCCUUUUCUUCCCCCCUUUCAAAAACCGUGCCGGUUGAAAAAUUUUACAUCUUUAUAAGUUUAACUCGCUUCACAAGCAACGCAUGGAAAUAGGUACAACGGAACUAACGCUAUUGUUUAGGGCGACGAGAGCAUAGGUGUUAAGGUUGCGCUCACACAUGAUAAUGCAAAGCAAAUAAAAUGAUCACAAUGUAGAUAAAAACUGAACGAGGUAGUUAUUAGUGAAUUUACACAAACUCACACACUCGGUACAAUCACGAACCUAAAGACACACACUCACAUUUAUUAAAUGAUACGCGCGCCUAGCAGAUUGAUACAAUUACAAACUUUUUCUAUCGAUUGGGAAACACAGUUUAAAAAAUCAAAUAAUAGCAUAAACCAAACAUGGUGGGAGAGGUUUAAAUUUAGUUACUCCUAGAAACAAGAUACAAAAAAAUACAGCCCAAUUAGUGCGUUUGUUGCUUUGAAAUAGGAAUGGAUACAACAGAAAGAAACGAAAAAAAAAACUUGUUAGAACGGUCAGUCAAAGCGUGGACUUUCUGCAACCUUCAUAAAA